UUCUUCCAGCAGCCGAUGGGCCUGGCCUGUGGGCACAACUUCUGCCGCGACUGCCUGGCCCGGCUGGGCGCUGAGGCUUCCUGUCCCCAGUGCAGAGCCAGGGUGGAGCCCGGCAGCGCCUGCCCCAACCGUGCCUUGGCCAACAUCGUCAGCCUGGUGAAGAAGGGGCUUCGGCUGUCGAGGGGGGGAGCCCAGGAGGGGAGCAGCGGCCCCCAGCUGUGCCGGGAACACCAGCAGCCCCUGCAGACCUUCUGCUCCAGCGAGAAGCGCCUCCUCUGCGCCGGCUGCCUGGGGGGGCACAAGGGCCACCCCCUCCUCUCCCUGCCCGAGGCUGCCCAGGAGUACAAGGACCUGCUGGAUGCCCUCCUGGAACCCCUGAGGAAGGAGGAGAAGCAGCUGCUGGAGCAGAGGCAGGCAGAAGAGCAGAGCCGGCAGGAGUGCCAGGAGCAAUUAGCCACCGAGAAGCAGAAGGUCGGCCUGGCGCUGGAAUCCCUGGUGGAGCUGCUCCGGGAGAGGCAGUCGAUCUGGGUCGCCUGGCUGGCCGAGCAGGAGGAGAAGAUGGAGGCCGAGUGGGUGGGCCCUCUGUCCCAGCUCAACGGGGAGGCUUCCCGCCUGCAGCAGCUGAUUGCCCAGACAGACAGGAAGUGCCGCCAGACAGACAGGGAAUUCCUGCAGGACAUCCAGGGCACCGUGGACAGGUGCCGGAGUUACGUGGUGGGGCGCGUAGAGAGAGUCUCCCCUGGGCUGAAAGACAGACUCAAGACCAUCUUGGAGAAAAACACUCCUGUAAGGCAGGUUGUGGACAAUUACAAAGCAUCCCUGGAGACGACUCUGACCAGGAAGAAGCUGGAGCGACCUCUGGCCACGGCUUCCAAACCGCGAGCCUUUAAUGUCACCAAAUCGCCAGGACUGGCGCCUACCGGGAGUGUCUUUUCCUUCACAAUGGAAGGCCCAAGGGAUGCCUGGAGUCUGGGCAGUCCCAGCAUCAUGGUCUACGUCACGCUGGACAGCUCGACCGCCCACCCGCGGCUCUGGUGCCGGAGAACCACUCUGACUUUGUCCGACCGAAACCAGGAUCUCCCGGAUCUGCCAGGGAGGUUUGACCAGGAAUUGUGCGCCCUGGGCUGCGGGGGAUUCAACGCGUGGUGGUACUGUUGGGAAGUGUCCGUGCAGGAGGCAGGCAACGCCCCAGUGUGCGGCAGAGCAUGCUGGGCCGUUGGGGUGGCCAUAGAGUCUGUACGCAGGAAGGGGAGCUUCCAGCUGAGCCCCCAGGAGGGAAUCUGGGCCGUGGGGAAGAGUGUGGAGGGGCAGACGGUCGCUUUCUCCAAGGUUCACGAGAAGCUCAGCUUGCAAAGGCCGCUGUGGAAGCUGCGGGUGCGGCUGAACUACGAGGCAGAAAAGGUGGAGUUCCUGGAUGGGCAGACUGGGGCUUCCCUCUACACCUUCCGGACGGGGCCCUUCCUUGGGGAGAGGGCCUACCCUUUUUUCUACCUGGGCCAGCAUGGGGUCACCCUUCAGUGUGAGGAAUAUCCACAUUCAUCUACGUGGGGCGGCUUCGGAUUAAAAUAG